AUGCCAUUUGAACGAAGAAGAAAUGUGAGAUCAAAUGAAGCAGAUGGAGUAACGGAGGAAAAAGAGUAUCAUCAAGUGGCAAUCAACGACAGCAGCAGCACUAGCAAGGGAGACAGUCGCGAAGGAUGGGACAAUAAAAUGCAGUUUCUUAUGGGUGUUAUUUCUUAUUCUGUUGGUCUUGGAAAUGUGUGGCGAUUUCCCUACCUAUGUCAGAAAAAUGGCGGAGGUGCAUUUUUAAUACCUUAUUGCAUAAUGAUGUUUCUGGAAGGCACACCAUUGUUUCUUGUUGAACUUGGCAUUGGGCAAAAAUUGCGAUUGGGAUCUGUUGGUGUUUGGAACGAAAUUCAUCCAUAUUUUGGAGGUGUUGGAGUGUCGGCAGCCAUUGUUUCGUUUCUUGUCGUCCUUUAUUAUAACGUUAUCAUUACGUGGUGUAUAUAUUAUUUGUACAGAUCAUUCGAUAUCAAUUUACCUUGGAGCAGUUGUCCGGAAAUAAAUGGUUCUGUGGUGGAAGAAUGCCAGAUGUCCAGUUCCACAACAAGUUAUUUCUGGAACCGUAAAGCAAUUGACACAAGCGAGUCAAUAGGUGAUUUUGGUGGCUUUGUUCCUCACAUGACAAUUUCACUGAUUCUUGCCUGGAUACUAAUCUACCUCUGCGUUAUGUAUCUUACGGCUACUUUUCCGUACGCAGUUACCACCAUAUUCUUGAUUAGAUCACUGAUGCUGGAUGGCGCAGCCGAGGGUUUGAAAUACAUGAUGAAUCCUGAUCUGAAGCGUUUAUGGGAUCCAAACGUUUGGAUGGAAGCUGCAACACAAAUAUUUUACAGUAUGGGAUUAGGACUCAUAGCAUUUGGAUCUUACAAUCCGGAAAAGAACAAUUGUAAAAAAGAUGUUCUUUGGCUUUCUCUCUGCAAUCUGAUCACCUCACUUUAUAUGGCUGUUGUUAUUUUUUGUGUUCUUGGCUACAUGGGUGUACAAAAUUACAACAGUUGUAUAAAACGAGAUAUAGCCAAUAUUCUUGUUAUAUAUCCAAAUAAAUUUCGAAACUUUGAUGAAAUCCAAGGCAAUAUAUCGACGGAACAAUAUACAAUGUGGAUGUAUCGCGACUUCAAAAAUACCGAAUUUCCCCUUCUGGCCAACGUGACAGGUCAUUGUAAUUAUAAAGAGAUCAUUUCACAGGCAGCUGAGGGGACGGGUUUAGCGUUUGUUGUAUUCACAGAAGCAAUAAAUCAAUUUCCAUUUCCACCAUUUUGGGCAGUAAUGUUUUUCCUGAUGCUUUUAAUGCUUGGUAUGGGUUCAAUAUUCGGCACCUUGGAAGGUGUGAUAACAUCACUAAAUGAUAGCAAACUUAUUAAUUUAAAAAAGCCCGUUUUUACGGCUAUUUUAUGUUCUAUUGCUUGUGGUAUUGGUCUUGUUUUCACAACACAUUCCGGUCAGUAUUGGGUUAUGUUGUUUGAUCAUUUUGCCGGCUCUUACGCCCUUAUGGGUGUAGCUUUUUUCGAAGUUUUGGCUGUGAUAUAUGUUUACGGAUGGCAAAAUUUUACUCGAGAUUUAGUGGAUAUGACUGGUGAAAGAAUUUCCUGUUAUUGGACAGUCACAUGGCGCUUCAUAUCACCAGUCCUCAUGCUUGUCCUCUUUUUUGCCUCCAUUGUUAAAUCUUUCAUUGAUUUACCGAAAUAUUUUGUUUACAAUUCUCAGACAGCAAGUUUAACGUUUAUUUUAUUAACACACCAAAAUGCGCAAACAUAUCCUGAAUGGGUUUUGGUUAUUGCCGGUUCAAUGGUUUUAUUUGCUAUUGCUCCAGUACCAUUGAUUUAUCUUAUUCGAAAAUUCAAAAUUAUGAAUUUAGAGAUGGAUAUAUCUACGUCCCAAAAAUAUCUAAAUGCAACACCGAGUACGACAUAUAUUAUCAGAUCUGUAUCAUUGGUCACUCAACCUUCCACUGGAAAUAAUGCAAGGUUGUUGCCGUUGAAAUCUUCUUCUGAAAGCAACAUGAUUAAUGUUAACUAA